CCCACGCCACCUUCAGAUAGCGGCUUAAGGACAGCGCCAGCAGCGACAACACAUAGCCCUCCCCAACCGCAACCUGUUGGCCAUUAUUAUUGCCAGUCACAAGUUUUAACAAUGGCUGAGAAAUCCCUGGCCGACUUGAUUGGCGCCCUCCCCGACGGAGAUGGAUGGGGCCCUCAGACUACAACCGAGACGACCUUGAACGGCGUCCCGUAUGCGCCCUUUUCCAAAGGGGACAAACUUGGCCGCAUGGCCGACUGGACUGCUGAUGGAAAGGACGGCAGAGACGGCCGCGGUGGUCGACAGCAGUAUAACCGCAAUUAUAGAGAUCAGCAAAUCUAUGGUGCUGGCAGUGCCGCACUCUUUACCGCACCAAUCGCCGAAGCCGACGAAAACACCUUCUCCGUUGUUAGCAGAGAGCCCACCAAGACGAGAUACGGGCGGGGAGCCGUCUUCACCCGUGGACGUGGCCAAAGGGGUGCCAGCCAGGCUAGAGGUGGCCGCCAGACUCUCCAGCGCCCUGGACGAGGUGGUCAGCAAGGCUACGGCUAUGACAGCCGUGGUGGACGCUACAACGCAGCUCGUGGCGGUCGUCGCUUCGGCUGGAAAGACUAUGAUAAGCCCGCUAGAAACCGGGAUGCGUCUAUCAACAUCAAGCCGGAGUGGCAGCUUUUGGAAGAGAUCGACUUCAACCGACUCGGAAAGCUAAAUCUUGACGCGGACGAGGGAGAGGAUCUCGACAGCUACGGUUUCCUUUAUUACUAUGACCGAUCUUACGAUAAGCAACCCGUCAAGUCGGCCGAGAGGCGGUUGACCGCUAUUGACCGUGCCACCUAUAAUGUCACCACUUCGUCGGACCCUGUAAUCCAGGAACUUGCAGAGAGAAACGAGGCGACCAUAUUUGCUACCGAUAGCAUUCUUUCUAUGCUCAUGUGCUCGACGAGGUCUGUCUACCCUUGGGAUAUUGUAAUUGUCCGGCAAGGCAACAAGAUCUUCCUUGACAAGCGCGAUAACGCUACACUCGAUAUGGUGACGGUAAACGAAAAUGCCGCGGAUGCCCCUAUGGAGUCUUCUGAUGGUGCCAAAGAUAGCAUCAACAACCCUACUGCUCUCUCAGAGGAAGCCACAUACAUCAACCAUAACUUUGCCAACCAGGUGGUCUUGGAGAGCGAGUCAUCUAAGGUCCACAUGAACCACGAAAACCCCUUCUAUAAUGAAGCUGAGGAGACCGAGCCACCUGCCAGCAAGACUUACAAAUACCGCAAGUUUGAUCUGUCUACGACCGAAGAGGAACCAGUGUACCUUGUGGUUCGAACUGAGAUAGAUGCUGUUCAGAAGAACGCCAUCAGCGGUGAUGAUCAACAGCUCACGCUCAAGGCGCUCAACGAGUUUGACAGCAAGGCUCAAGGCAGCGGCGGAGCGCUAGACUGGAGGACUAAACUUGUCAGCCAGCGUGGUGCAGUAGUGGCCACCGAAAUGAAGAAUAAUAGCGUUAAACUUGCCCGAUGGACCGUACAGAGUAUCCUGGCCAAGGCUGACGUGAUGAAACUUGGAUUUGUGUCUCGGGCGAACCCUAAGACCAACGAUAAGCAUGUCAUUCUGGGAGUAAUUGGCUGGAAACCUAAAGACUUCGCCAACCAGAUGAACCUGUCGGUGUCUAACGGCUGGGGUAUUGUACGCACAAUUUGUGACAUGUGCUUGAAACGAGAGGAGGGCAAGUUCGUGCUCGUGAAGGACCCCAAUAAGUCUAUCCUCAGAUUAUACGAGGUCCCAGCUGGCAGCUUCGACGAUGAUGGCGAGGAGGAGACAAUCCCAGAGACCGAAGGUGGAGACAACUAAUUAUCAUUGCGUGCAUGAGCACACUGGGCACCAGCGGAGUAGCUCUAUCAGAUGAGAUGUGACGAAAGGUCACUCUGAGAUUCGAGUUACGAAGUAGUAGCUAUUAGUCAGCCGACGGAUAGAUAAAAGCGAAUUCAAGCACAAGGACUUGACAACCUUGAAUAAACUUUGAGACCUUCAA